GCCUCUCUCACCUUUGACUGUUUCUCUCUCCUCCUCCAUCACCCCCAAUACUCAUGUCCAUUUUAUUACAAUAAUUAUUCCUUGUUUGGCUCCUCACUAUCUAAUUUCUAAACCAAACACAAACACAAUACUUCCAAUGAAGUGCUUUCACUUCACAAACGGAGAUACCAAGGAUGAGCAAGACGCCGUCGUUUCGCGAUCCUCCAAAGUCUCUUGGGCCCGCUCACUCAGCAUCGCCUCUAGUAGUUACGACACUCGUCGCUCCGAGUUGGACUCGGAGUCCAGAGACUUUACAGACUCGUUCGGCUUCUACGAGUUUCUGGGGCAGCAUAGAGCGAACGAUCUCCGUGUUUUUAGCUUCUCCGAGUUGAAAUCGGCGACGCGGGGGUUCAGUCGAGCGCUGAUGCUGGGAGAAGGGGGGUUUGGAUCGGUUUAUAGAGGUGUUGUUAGAGUUGAUGAUGAUUUUAAAUUGGAUGUUGCCAUUAAACAGCUCAAUCGUAAGGGAUUUCAGGGGCAUAAAGAGUGGAUAAAUGAAGUAAGCUUUCUAGGUGUAGUCAAUCAUCCAAAUCUGGUCAAAUUAGUAGGAUAUUGUGCUGAAGAUGACGAAAGAGGUAUGCAACGGCUUUUGGUGUAUGAGCUAAUGCCUAAUAAAAGUUUGGAGGACCAUUUAUUGGCUAGAAUACCUUCUCCUUUGUCGUGGAUAUCCAGAUUGAAAAUUGCCCAAGAUGCAGCUCGUGGUUUGGCGUAUUUGCAUGAAGAAAUGGAUUUUCAGCUGAUAUUUCGAGAUUUUAAAACAUCUAACGUUCUUCUAGACGAGGACUUCACUGCAAAGCUAUCAGAUUUUGGUCUGGCUAGGCAAGGUCCAGCUGCUGGAUCAAGUCAUGUUUCAACAUCAGUUGUCGGAACAGUAGGUUAUGCAGCCCCUGAAUAUGUCCACACUGGAAGGCUUACAGCUAAAAGUGAUGUUUGGAGUUUUGGGGUUGUCCUCUACGAGUUAAUUACAGGAAGACGAGCAGUAGAGAGAAAUUUACCUCGUAGUGAGCAGAAGCUCUUGGACUGGGUCAGACCGUAUGUCUCUGAUUCAAAGAAGUUUCACUUAAUCAUCGACCCACAGCUUAACGGGCAGUACUGCAUUAGGUCAGCUCAGAGACUUGCUUCACUUGCUAACAAGUGCUUAACAAAACAACCCAGGUCUCGGCCUAAAAUGAGUGAGGUCGUCUUGAUGCUUGGAAAUAUCAUCAGUGACACACCAGAGAUGCAAGGUUCUUCUGAAUCUGUUAAAGAAAGUGAGGAUGAAGCACCAUCAGAGGAAUUCGAGUCUGGGAAACAGGAAAACAAUUUUCGGAGGAGGGUGGUUGAAUUCAGAGAAAUGGUAUCUUUUAGAAACAAAUCGAUUGGGAAAUUUGAUUGGAAAAACUGGACACCUGGUAUUAUUAAAACAAGGUAGCCGCAGCUAAUAUAAUUUAAUCAUGAAGUAGUAAAGAUACAGGGAAUUGGAAAUCUUUGUUCUGUAGAAGUCCUACUAGGAGGACACCAAAUAUGGCAAAGAUUUUUUUUUUCCCCCAUUCACAGUGAGCUGGUACAAAAAACACACACAAGUAAUUAUUAAAAAUUCCCUUCUAGAA